AUGAAUUAAUCAUCCAUUAUAUUGGAGGAGAAUAAAUACCAUUCGGCUUAGUAGGAGGAAGAAGAACGGAUGUUGACUGCGAAGGCAUGUGAUUUGAAGAAGGCUUUGAUUUAUCGAAAGUUUCAGCAAAAUGAGAGGAAGGAGGAGUUGGAAGACAUAAAUUAGUUAUUUGAUGAAAGAUAGUUGAAUAUCUUGAAUGACCUUGCGAAUGACAAUGGUAAUUAUGAGGAAUAGAAUCAAAUUGAAACAAUAAAACAGGAAGUCAAUAAGAAAUUGUAAACCGUAAUGGAACAUGGUAUGAAACGACAUUCUCUGUAUGUCAUGAAAAAACCAUUGGAAAAUAAGAGAGUAUUUAAAAUCUAAGUAUUCAAACCUGAAGACAAGUUCAGAAUCUUUUGGGAUCUAUUCACUAUGUUGAUAAUCUUUUUCGCCAUAUUAAUUUUACCUCUCGAUAUCAGUUUUACAAUUGAUUCCCCAUUUUUUGAAUACUUCAACUAUUCCUCAAUUGCAAUAUUCAGUCUGGACAUCCUCAUUAACUUCAACACAUCCUACUAAUAGAAGGGCCAAUACGUAAUUGAUCGUAAACUGAUAGCUAAACACUACUUGAUGGCAUGGUUCUGGAUAGAUUUGAUUUCAACUUUCCCUUUUGAUAUCAUCAUUAAUGCUUCAACACAAGAAAUCAUUCAAUCUGACGAGGUUGACGAAACCUAAACAUAGGAUACGUAAAAUCAACAACAACACUCAGCUUAAUUAGCCAACACCUUGAAAUUGUUGAGAAUUUUGAAAUUUUUUAGAUUUAUCAAAGUAGUCCGAUUACUAAGAGUAUUAAAAUUAAAAAAGAUAUUUUCUAAAUUCGAAGAUUAUGUUGAUUUCUCAAAUUCCAUGAUAUCACUCUAUAAGGUCUUGAAAUUAACCUUCAUAAUGCUCUUUGUAGCCCAUUGGUUGGCAUGCAUUUGGCAUUUCAUAGCUGAUCAGGAAGACUCAUCUGACAGUUACAGUUGGCUUAGAGCAUAAGGUUUACAGGACAGUGAUUGGUAUGUGAAGUAUAUCGCAUCAGUGUAUUGGGCAACAGCAACGAUGACUACAGUGGGUUACGGAGACAUCACUCCAGUGACAUCAGUGGAAAAGAUCUUUGGUAUAGUGGUCAUGUUGUUGGCUUGUUGUAUAUUUGCAUACAUCAUGAACAGCAUUGGUGGGAUAUUUGUAUCCAUGGAUUACAAUGAGAAGUUAAUAAGACAGAAGAUGGGUCAAGCCAAUUAAUUUCUGAAAUCGAAUGACAUACCUAAAGAUCUGUAGGCCAGAGUAAGGAAGUACUUGGAAUACAAGUAUGAGAAGGAAUCCACACAGGUGAAUGAAAAGGAGGCCUUGGAUGUCUUAUCAUACUCUCUGAGAGUAGAAGUGUUGGCUGCAGUCAAUACAGAUUUGAUCAAUAAUUCUAGAGUAUUCAAGUAGAACAAGUUCGAGAAGGAGUUGCUGUUGCAAUUGCCAUUUGAAUUAGAGGAACAGAUCUUUGGUCCUGAGGAAUGUAUAUUUUUGGAGGGAGAUGAUCCUAUAGAGUAGGAGAAUGGAUAAAACAUUGAAGAUAGAUGCCUGUAUUUUCUCAAUAAAGGACAGGUUAUGCUGUGUAUUUAAAAGACCUUUACUUGCUUAAAGACUUUGGAUAAGGGGGCCACGUUUGGGGAACUUGGAUUCUUUAGUAACAAGUCGAGAAGUGCAUCUGCUUAUACGCUUGAUUUUGUCUAUGUGCAAAAGUUGAAGAAGAAGAAAUUCACAGAAAUUUUGAAGAAGUAUUAGACUCAGAAUCAGUUAUUUUAAAUGAAUAAACACAUUAUCGAAUUGGGGGAAGACUAUUCUCCUCUAGGGUUGCCUUGUUUUGGGUGUCAGCAGAUCAACCAUUUCUCAUCCACUUGUCCCAAAUUGCAUUUUAUCACCAAAUAUGAUAGAAAAUAAGAAUUGAUUUAGGAAUUGUAGCAGCAAUAAUAGAAAUUCACGAAGGAAUUUAAGAGACAUGAAAAGAUUAGGUACAAUUCUAGAGGUUGCUUUGGUUUGACGAAUGAAGUUGCUAAAGAAAUCAAGUAGGUCUAUUCUGCCCAGGAAGAAGAGGAUGAGGACAGAUUGGUCAAACUACAACAACGCAACGAAGAAGAACCUACUCAGGAGGGUUUCGAAGUGAUGGAGAAUCAGAAAGAAAUUAAAAGUCAACAUCAGGAUGAAUUUGAGAGAAUGUACAUCAUGACUGCCUUCUUUACUCAAUUCAACAUAGACGAGAUUAUGAAAAAUUACAAUGAACGAGUUGAUGCUAUUCUCAAUUUGCAAUCAUUAGCUUAGGAACGGAACAUCAGAACUCAGUAUCAUUCAGUCAAGUCAAACACGAAGAAAUCUAGGAUAAGAUCGAUGUCUGCUGAGCGUGCUGUAUAUUUUGAAAAGCUAAUUGAAAAAUAUGGAGGGCCAUCUUAAUUUUUAGAAAAACUAAAUUAAGAUAACUGA